AGCGAGGGUCGCGACCGGCCAGACUCGUCGUAACUGUUUUGUGCGGUCCGCAGUCGCCGCCUGCGUGCCCUGCCUCACCACACGCUCCCGCGUGCGUUCCUCAGCUGCGGGACACACGUGAGCGUCCAGCCAUGAGGGCGUGGUUCGUGGCCUUCAGCGUGGCGGCGGGCCUGCUGCUGGCAGACGAGGGCCAGGCGGCCAACAUCCUGGCGCCCAUCUGGUUCCCCGGUCUGAGCCACUUCCUCAUGUUCCGCCCGCUCUUCGUGGAGCUGGCCGCCAGGGGCCACAACGUCACCGUGCUGGGACACCACCCGCCCAAGGCUCCCAUCGAGAACUACAACUUCAUAAGUCUCCAAGGCAGGAUGCCGCAGCUGCACAACAACAUGACGAUGGACUUCGUGAAGGCGCUGCAGCCCCCCUUGAAGGGCCUGGUGCUACUAAAGUCGUUCACCAAGGGCAUGUGUCUGGAGACGCUGGAUAUACCCGAAGUGCGGCAGCUGGCCACGUCGGGCGGCCACUACGACGUCGUCAUCUCCGAGUUCUUCCACGUCGACUGCCUGGCGGCGUUCGCUCACAAGUUCAGCGCCCCCCUCGUGGGGAUCACAUCCAGCAACGCGCUGCCAACCGUCCACGACAGGGUUGGUAAUCCUGAGCAUCCUGCGUACACAGAACAAUACGACCUCUCUCUGAAGGCGCCGUUCAGCUUCUGGGAGAGAGUCUACGGCACAGUGAUGCACCAGGCGUUCCGCAUGCUGGACUGGUGGGCGACGGGCGCAAGCGUCGACAGCAAAGUGCGGGAAGUGUUCGGUGAGGACACGCCUCCACUAGAACAGGUGUUCCGGAACACGAGUCUGGUGCUGGUGAACAGCCACUGGAGCAUGGACCAGCCUCUCCCCACGGUACCCGCCUUCGUCGAGGUGGGCGGACUGCACUUGGAAGAGCCCAAACCAUUGCCAGACGACAUACAGAAGUUCCUGGACGACAGUCCACACGGCGUGAUCUACUUCAGCUUGGGAUCGAUGGUGCGAGUUGAGACCUUCGACCCGGAGAAGUUCAAAGCGAUUGUGGACGCCUUCGCGUCCGUACCCCAACGCGUUCUCUGGAAAGCCGACCCGGCCAACCUCCCGGGACUGCCGCCAAACGUCAGAGCUCAGACGUGGAUCCCACAGAACGACGUUCUGAACCACCCCAACGUGCGGCUCUUCAUAUCGCACGGCGGGCUGCUGGGCGCGCAGGAGGCGGUGGCUGCGGGCGUGCCGACCCUGACGCUGCCGCUGUUCUCGGACCAGUUCGUCAACUCGGCCAGGGCGGUCGCCGCCGGCAGCGGCCUCCAGCUGCUCUACGACGACAUCGACGACCGCUCGUUCCGGGAGGCGCUCCAGCGGCUGCUCAGCGACUCCAGGUUCCGCGAACGCGCCAAACACCGGUCGCAGCUGUUCCGGGACCGUCCCCGACCGCCGCUGGAGGAGGCGGUCUACUGGGUGGAGUACGUCAUCAGGCACCGGGGGGCGCCGCACCUGAGGUCCGCCGCCAUGGACCUGGCCUGGUACCAGUACCUGCUCAUAGAUGUCGCCGCCUUCGUGCUGGCUGCGUCGUGCUGCGUCAUAUCAGCUCUCUACCUCUUCUCGAAACUAGUGCUGCGGGUCUUAUUUCGAGGACAGGAGGAAAACGUCAAAUUAAAACUGACAUAAUAAGUACCUCGAGAACUUCACAGGUUACCGCCUUUUCGAAACAACUUCGGUGUCGAUCGUAAAAGGCCUGGUCCCGGCACAGUGAAUAACCGUAGUUCCUGUUGCGAAACUUCUGUGAACUUAUAUAUAGUAGAGGAACAAUUGCGUGAACGCAGUCGAUCCUGAAGAAUGUCUGAUGGUGUGAUUGGGGAUGUGUCUAAAGAAUGCUUUGCAUUCCUUCGUGUGAAGUUUCGCAAAUACACAUAAACAGAUUUCACUAGUUAUCCAGCGUAUCAUCUCGUUUUAAAUGCGUGGGAAAUAUAUUUUUCCCAGUUGACAAUUCCUCUGCCUGCUACUGGGACGUUUGACUCUGCAAUAGGCCGCAUAACGGAUCGCUCUGUUCAUUUCAACAGAGGAUUAACAGUGAAAAACAAAUAAAAAUGUUAUAAAUAAUCCUAAUACAGUGGUCGCUAUCCAUCGCAACAGCUGCGAUCGGUAGCGAUAUAGGCACACUUUACAUAUAGAGCGAGUCAUAGAUUUCAGUCUGUAGACACAUGACAC